AUGGUUGAUCCGGCUCAGGCUCCACUGCUGCUCUGGUUGAAUGGCGGUCCAGGAUCAAGCUCAUUAGAAGGCCUAUUUCUUGAAAACGGACCGUUCAGGAUUGGUAAGGACGGCAAGUCCAUCACAAGAAACCCAUACGCAUGGAAUCAGUUUGCCAAUGUUCUCUAUUUGGAAUCUCCGGUGGGAGUUGGCUAUUCAUACUCCACAGAUGUCGACCCUUUUACACAACCUGGUGAAUCGUAUGCUGGUGUAUACAUUCCCACACUUUCGGCAUUGCUCAUUCAAGGAAUCCAGAAUGGAACACUAAACAUCAAUUACAAGGUAUUUGUAUCACAACGACUAUUGUCAAAUAACCUCAAAUCAAAUCAAAUAACC